UAUUCACUUAUUUUACCACUUUUAGCGAUUUCCUUCAAUUUUGAAAUCAAGAAUUCAAUUUGCAUUGAAAUGAGCAAGUCAAUUUUGAAUGUCAGGUCAUCACACUCUUUAGAGGCUCUUUCGCUGUGCCGUAGUCACUGAGGAGUAAUGCUAUGAAUUCAUGGCAUACAGUCAGUCCUUGAAUCUUCGUGUUCAUUCCUUGUGGAGGAGCUUUAAUUACUUGGGGGGAAACUUGAAAAGAGUUCAGAGAGUUAGAAACUUCUUGUCCAAUCUCAAGACAGUUGUCCCAAUUCAUCCUUCAUCCAUUUUAUCUAACAAGGCCUUUUCUAGUUUAUCUAAUACAAGUUCAGCUUUACCUCAAGUUGUUUGCUCAACUUCUCAAAGUAAUAAAUUAAGCUCUUCCAAAAGUGAGCGCACGCCAUAUCAAGAAGCAGUCUCGGAUUCUGUCAAGUGUGAAGAAAGAGCAGAGAAUGCUAGUUCUUCAAAUGGUAGAGUAAUGCUCAUAGAUGGCACAUCUGUCAUUUACAGAGCUUACUACAAGCUUUUAGCAAAGUUGCACCAUGGUCAUUUAUCACAUGCAGAUGGCAAUGCGGAUUGGGUUUUAACUAUAUUUUCAGCACUAUCACUUGUAAUUGAUGUCCUGGAAUUUAUCCCUUCCCAUGUAGCGGUGGUGUUUGAUCAUGAUGGUUUGAAUUUUCGUCAUACUUUAUAUCCUUCAUACAAGAGCAACCGCCCCCCGACACCUGAUACCAUAGUUCAAGGGCUUCAAUACUUGAAAGCUUCUAUAAAAGCUAUGUCUAUUAAAGUGAUUGAGGUACCAGGGGUAGAAGCAGAUGAUGUGAUUGGAACAUUAGCUGUAAGGAGUGUUGAUGCUGGGUUCAAGGUACGAGUUGUUUCUCCAGACAAAGACUUUUUUCAGAUUCUUUCUCCUUCAUUACGCCUUUUACGAAUUGCAUCACGUGGCCUUGAGAUGGUUUCAUUUGGAAUGGAAGAUUUUGCAAACUUAUAUGGAGAAUUGAAGCCUAGUCAGUUUGCUGAUGUAAUGGCUCUCAUGGGUGACAGAUCUGAUAACAUUCCAGGAGUUGAAGGAAUUGGAAGUGUCCAUGCUGUGCAACUGAUCACUAAAUUUGGCACAUUAGAGAAUUUGUUACAAUGCGUUGAUCAAGUCGAAGGGGAACGCAUCAGAGAGGCCUUGCGAGCAAAUGCUGAUCAGGCCAUCUUAAGCAAGAACUUGGCACUGCUACGUUCAGAUCUUCCGUUCUAUAUGGUACCAUUUACCACUGAGGAUCUCACAUUUAAGAAGCCUGAGGACAAUGGAGAGAAAUUUACAAGCCUUUUGAAUGCUAUUGGUGCUUAUGCAGAAGGAUUUUCAGCAGAUCCCAUCAUCAGAAGGGCUUUCUAUUUAUGGAAGAAGCUUGAAGCACAAUGAUAUUUUCUGUUGUCAGUUCAAGCGAUCAAAAGCCCCAGCAGCAGAGCUUUUUGUUUGUUCACUAAGUUGAGAUAUCAUCGUUGGCAUUUAAUUUCCUCAGUUUGGCCAGCAAAUGAGAAAUGUUGGGGAUUAAUUGUACCUAUAAGAGGGACCAACUAGUUGUCUUAACUCCAUAUUAUUUUACCACAUGAAGCUGUGUAAGGUUUUUUCCCAA